AUGAACAUUGACGACUUCGUCGAGGCCAUUGCUCCUCAGUCCGAGGACUACUCGAAAAUCAGCCGAAACAGCUACGCCGUGCUGUUUGAGGUUGCUGAUCGAAAGAAGACCGGCAAGGUGACCGAGGCCGACUGGAACGCGUUUGUGUCGCUUCUGGGCCAGCCCGACGCCGAGUACCAGAUUGCAUUCAAGCUAUUUGACACCCAGAGACAGGGCGCCGUCAACUUUGACGACUUUGUCAAGACCUACGACGAGCACAAAUCCGAGGACGCAUUGCCGUUCGACUGGACCAGCAAAUGGGUGUCUCUUUACGCCGGCAAGCCCGACAACAGAACCCCCAUGUCGUACCCCAUGUUUUCCCAGAUGCUCAGCGGUCUUCUUGGUGAACGUGUGAGACAGGCCUUUGGCCACUACGACCCCAAUGGCACCGGAUUCAUCGAUCGAUUGCAGUUCGAGGAGAUCAUUCGAAAGGCCGCUUCCCACAAACUGUCGGAUAAACUCCUCAACAAUCUCCAUGUCGUGUGUGACGCCAAGGUGAAUGGUAACGACACCAAUAAAAUCUCGUACGCACAGGUCCGAGCCCUGCUCAAUGUGAUCCGACACGCCGAUCUCAUCGACAAACUUACCGUUGUGGCUACCAAAAACAGCCCCGACGGCCAGGUGGACCGAAUCCAGUUCAUGGACGCCGCCAGCAAGAACACAAAGGGCUCUCUGCUAAGUCCUCUGGAAGUUGACAUUCUUUUUAAGCUGUCAUCCCUGGGCGAUUCGCCCUCCCUGAGCAGCGAGAAGAUCUCCGUCGAAUCAUUCAAGCAGGCGUUUGAUCCUCUGUGGCUGUCGCCCGAGGCACGGUACGCCAAGAGCCUCGGAAAGAAGGUGGACGCUGCCAAAAACGCGCUCACCUCGCCCCACACCUUUCUCGGAGAAGUGUUUGAGUCCGUCUACAACUUUUCUCUGGGAGCUAUGGCUGGUGCCUUUGGAGCUACUGUCGUCUACCCCAUUGAUAUGGUGAAGACCCGAAUGCAGAACCAGCGAGCCUCGACUCCUGGCCAGCAGUUGCUUUACAAGAACUCGUGGGAUUGUUUUAAGAAGGUUAUUGCCCGUGAGGGACCUCGAGGCCUCUACUCUGGUCUGGGACCUCAGCUGGUCGGUGUGGCACCCGAAAAGGCCAUCAAGCUGACCGUCAAUGAUCUCGUGCGAGGCAAGGCCGCCGAUAAGAACGGAAACAUCACCUUGCCCUGGGAAAUUAUUGCUGGUGGAACCGCUGGUGCCUGCCAGGUCGUCUUCACCAACCCUCUGGAGAUUGUGAAGAUUCGACUCCAGAUCCAGGGAGAGGUUGCCAAGCACACCGACGCCCCCAAGCGAUCUGCUAUCUGGAUCGUGCGAAAUCUGGGUCUCGUGGGUCUCUAUAAGGGUGCCUCGGCGUGUCUGCUGCGAGAUGUUCCCUUCUCGGCCAUCUACUUCCCUACUUAUGCUCAUCUCAAAAAGGACUACUUCGGCGAGGGUCCCAACCACAAGCUCCCCAUCUGGCAGCUGCUGGUGGCCGGUGCUGUGGCUGGUAUGCCCGCUGCUUACCUGACUACUCCCUGUGAUGUCAUCAAGACCCGUCUCCAGGUCGAGGCACGAUCCGGCGAGACUUCAUACACUGGCCUGAGACACGCCUUCUCAACCAUUCUGCGAGAAGAGGGUCCCGCUGCCUUCUUCAAGGGAGGAGCCGCUCGAGUGCUGCGUUCGUCACCCCAGUUCGGCUGCACAUUGGCUGCCUACGAGAUGCUGCAUAACCUGCUGCCUCUGCCCGGCCACGGAGCUUCCACCGAGGCAGGAUACAAGGUCCCCUCCUCCUCCGAUAUCCCCCAGUCUCCCGUGCACCACAUUAGAUCUAGAAACGCCCUCAAGAUUCUGUUGGAUAUCGACGAGAACUUCGGCAAGCCGGGUACUCUGACUCCUGAGCGAGCUGCUCUUAUUCCUGGUCUGAAGAAGGAUUAG